AUGUUGUCAACAAGGAAGGCGAAACAUUUCUGGAUAUUGUUAGGAAAUUGGCAAUUCGAACAAGAAUCUGCAAAGCAACCACCAGCACAGAAUGGUCAAUUGGAUAUUGUGCAGUUUCUGGUUAGUAAAGGCGCCAGUAUUAAUGCACUUAAUGUAGAAAAUUGGACUGCAUUGCAUAUUGCACCUCAAAAUGGUCAUUUGGAGGUAGUACAGUUUCUGGUUAGUGAAGGUGCCAAUGUCAAUGCUGUUGCCGUAGAAAAUUGUACUCCAUUGCACAUUGCAUCUGAAAAUGGUCAUUUGGAGAUAGUGCAGUUUCUGAUUAGUAAAGGCGCUGAUGUCAAUGCUGUUAAUAAAACAAAUUGGACUCCAUUGCACUUUGCAACUCAAGAUGGUCACUUGGAAGUAGUGCAGUUUCUGGUAAGUAAAGGCGCCAAUGUUAAUGCUGUUGAUAGAGAAAAUUGGACUCCAUUGCACUCUGCAGCUUAUAUUGGUCAUCAAAAUAUAGUCAAUGCAUUGAUGGACAAAGGUGCAAACACUAAUGUAGUAGAUCUCAAUAACAAGACCCCAAUAGACCUUGCAUACGAGUCAAUGAUAAAAAAGCAAUUGGUAUCUCCACUUUUGUUAGACAAGAAUGCUAAAAUAAACCAUAUAGCUAACAAAAAAUGGUCGGCCUUGCAUGUCGCGGCAUACAACGGCGAAUUAGCAAGGGUUCGGUACUUGGUAGGCCUUGGUGCCAAAAUAGAUGCCGAAAGUAAGGACAAGUUGACGCCACUCCAUUGCGCCUCUAUGAAUGGAUUUCAAGAUGUAGUUCAACUAUUGAUCGAAAGAGGAGCAAAUAUUGAAGCUAUCGAUGAUCAACAACAAACGCCAUUGUAUGUUGCAACUCGAAAUGGUCACUUGGAGGUUGUGCAGCUUCUGGUUACUAGAGGCGCCAAUGUCGAUGCUGUUAUUGAAGGAAAGACUCUAUUGCACAUUGCAACUCAAAAUGGUCAUUUGGAGAUAGUGCAGUUUCUGGUUAGUAAGGUCGCCGAUAUCAAUACUAUAACUGAGAAAAAUGGAGGUUUAUUGCAUAUUGCAUCCCAAACGGGUCACUUGAAGGUAGUGCAGUUUUUGGUUACUAAAGACAUCAAUGUCAAUACUUUUAAUGAACUAAAAUGGACUGCAUUGCACCUUGCAUCUCAAUAUGGUCAUUUGGAGGUAGUUCGAUAUUUGAUUAGUAAAAACGCCGAUGUCAAUGCUGUUAAUGAAGAAUAUCGGACUCCAUUGCACAUUGCAUCUGAAAAUGAUCACUUGGAAGUAGUGCAGUUUCUGAUUAGUAAAAACGCAAACGUCAGUGCAAGUGAUAAAAACAAAUCGACACCAUUGCACAUUGCAUCUCAGAAUGGUCACUUGAAAAUAAUGCAGUUUCUGAUUAGUAGAGGCGCCAAUGUCAAUGUUGUUAAUGAAGCAAAUGGGACUCCAUUACACAUGGCAUCUCAAAAUGGUCAGCUGGAAGUAGUGCAAUUUUUGUCGAGUAAAAGAGCCAAUGUCAAUGCCGUGAAUAAUACAAAUUGCACUCUAUUGCACAUUGCAUCUCAAAAUGGUCACUUGGAGGUUGUACAAUUUCUGGUAAGUAAAGACGCCAAUAUCAAUCCUGUUAUUGAAGAAAAUCGGACUCCAUUGUACCUUGCAUCUCAAAAUGGUCACUUGGGGGUUGUGCAGUUUCUGGUUAGUAGAGGCGCCAAUGUCAAUGCAGUUACCAAAGGAAAUUCGACUCCAUUGCAUAUUGCAUCUCAAAAUGGUCACUUGGAAGUAGUACAGUUUAUGAUUAGCAAAGGCGUCAACGUCAAUACAAGUGAUAUAAUCAAAUCGACUCCGUUGCAUAUUGCAUCCCAAAAUGGUCACUUAAAGGUAGUGCAGUUUCUGAUUAGUAAAGGUGCCGAUGUUAAUGCUGCUAAUAAAACAAAUGGGACUCCAUUGCACAGUGCAUCUCAAAAAGGACAUUUAGAGGUUGCUCAGUUUCUGAUUAGUAACGGUGCCGAUGUUAAUGCUGCUAAUAAAACAAAUGGGACUCCAUUGCACAUUGCAUCUCAAAACGGUCAGCUGAAAGUAGUGCAAUUUUUGUUGAACGAAGGCGCCAAUGUCAAUGCCGUCAAUAAUAUAAAUUAUACUUCAUUGCACAUAGCAUCUCAAAAUGGUCACUUGGAGGUGGUGCAGUUUCUGAUUAGUAAAGGCGCUGAUGUCAAUGCCGUUACUGAAACCAAUUGGACUCCACUGCACAGUGCAUCUCAAAAAGGUCACCUGGAGGUUGUGCAGUUUCUGGUUAGUAAAGGCGCUGAUAUCAAUGCUGUUAACAAAACAAAUUGGACUCCAUUGCACAUUGCAUCUGAAAAAGGUCACCUGGAAGUUGUGCAGUUUCUCAUUAGUAAAGGUGCCAAUGUCAAUACUGUUAUUAUAGGAAAUCGUACUCCAUUGCACUCUGCAUCUUAUAAUGGUCACAAAAAUAUAGUCAAAGAACUAAUAGAUAACGGUGCAAUAAGAAAUGCCAUAAAUGUGAAUAAUAAGACACCAAUAGACUUCGCCUAUGAAAAAGGGCACAUGGAAAUCGUCGAACUAUUGAAAAAUUACAACACACAUCUACCUAAUAUGAGUGUUUGUACUGUAAACUUAAGUAAGUAUUUUGCAUCAACAAUGACCAAUAAUCUGCCAACAUCCACUAAAAAAGUGCAACACAACGAAAUUUUCCAAGCCAUCAGAGAUAAUGAUUUGCCAAAAGUCCAAAGUUUACUCAGUUCCUGCAGUGUUUUAUUAUCAAAUAUUGUCGAUGAUACCAAUAAAAACAAUACACCCCUGCAUAGUGCAGUUGAAGAAAACAGGUAUGAAAUAGUUCAGGCCUUAUUAUUGAGAAAGUGGGAAUUGGAUAUAAAUGCGAAGAAUGAGGAUGGUGACACUGCCCUACACGUUGGCGCCAAAAAGAACGAUGAUCGACUGAUGCACUUGCUCCUCAAAGCAGGAGCAGCCAGCUAUGUUGUCAACAAGGAAGGUGAAACAUUUCUGGAUAUCGUUAGGAUAUUGGCAAUUCGAACAGGAAUCUGCAAAAGCAACCAACAGAUUGAGAAAAGUGUAGAUAUAUCUAACCAAUCGGGAUCAUGUCGAAUAGUUACAGGUCUUGGUGCCAAAAUAGAUGCCGAAAGUAAGGACAAGUUAACGCCACUCCAUUGCGCCUCUAUGAAUGGAUUUCAAGAUGUAGUUCAACUAUUGAUCGAAAGAGGAGCAAAUAUUGAAGCUAUCGAUGAUCAACAACAAACACCAUUGUAUGUCGCAACUCAAAAUGGUCACUUGGAGGUUGUGCAGACUCUGGUUACUAGAGGCGCCAAUGUCAAUGCUGUUAUUGAGGAAAGACUCUAUUGCACAUUGCAUCUCAAAAUAGUCAUUUGGAGAUAG